AUGCACGCUCUGCAAGGGUUUCUGCUCUUUCAAACGUUGACGCUUCUUAGAAAUAAUGCACUGGGGAGUCGAAUCAUAAAAGGUAGAAAGGCUGAGAAAAAGCAGCUGAUGUAUAUGGCAUCAGUGCAAGACAACAAUGGACAUAUAUGUGGAGGUUUCCUUGUCAGUGAAUACUUUGUAAUGACUGCGGCACACUGUGCUCCUCAGAAUCCUACAAGUGUUGUUCUGGGCACUCACAAUCUCAAGAAGGUUGAUGACACAAUGAGAUAUGGUGUGAAGAUGUGCAAACAUUCUUUUAAGGAUGUUCUAUCUGGAAAUGAUAUCAUGCUUCUCAAACUGUCCAGGAAAGCUCGCCUGGAAGGAAACAAAAUUAUUAAGCCAAUUAAACUUCCACAUCCAAAAAUUAAUCUAAAGGAAAACAAAACCUGCAGUGUAGCUGGAUGGGGGGCCAUAGAAAGUAACGGUGAAAGUGUUGACGAGCUGCAAGUGGUGGAUGUCCCCAUCAUUAACAAGGACAGGUGUCAGAGUGUUUGGCAGAAUAUCCUUCCAGCUAAAGUUAUUUGUGCAGGUGGAUACUUUAAAAACAAAGGAAUCUGUCAGGGUGACUCUGGUGGCCCUCUGGUGUGUGACAAUUUGGCAGUUGGUGUCGUUUCCUUUAACAACAACAAAAUCUGUGACUAUCCAAAUGUCCCCAAUGUUUAUACAGACAUAUCAAAAUUCCUUUCUUGGAUCAAACCCAUUCUUAAGAAAAAGAAAUUGAACACAAAGAAAAACAGGAGCAUUAGAGACCACAACAAAGAACUAACAGUUCAGGUGGCCACUGGCGAAGACAGAGCCAUUUUGGAAGCUGACCAGGAGGCCAGCAAUGAAGGCAGAGUGGAUCUGGGUCUGGAGGCUGACAAUGAUGACAAAAACCACUGGAGGCCGAUGUUGGCCGCAAAGAUUGCACCCCUCAGGAGGUCAACGGAGACCCUUGAACGAAGCAGUCUCUUCCUGUCUGCAGCUGGCAUGCCACACUGUCACUGCAUAGGUGAGCAGGCUCUCGAUGCUGGAUCUGUAGAAGGUCACCAGCAGCAGGAAACAGUUCACCGUUUGGCUAACAUCAUGCACAGUCUGCAAAAACUUCUACUGUUCCAUCUUCUUGCAUGCCUCGGUAAGAACUGCCAUGGAAGUGAGAUUAUACAUGGGGAAAAGGCAGCAAAGAACUCAAUGCUUUAUAUGGUCUCAGUGCAGAACAAACAUGGUCAUAUAUGCGGAGGAUUUCUCAUCACUGAUGACUUUGUGGUCACUGCUGCACACUGUGACAAGAACCUUACACAUGUUGUUCUUGGAAGCCACAAUCUCAACGACCAUCAUGAAAAAAUAGAGAUUAAAAAAUCCAUCAAGUUUGAAAAUUAUAGCGAUAUUCAAUAUGGUGAUGACAUCAUGCUCCUUAAAUUAUCUGGGAAAGUUCAACUAGACCGCACAGCAAGGAUAAUUCAGCUUCCACAUGCUGAAAUAAAACUACAAGAAAAUGAAGUGUGCCAGGUGGCUGGAUGGGGUUUCACUGAAAAUUACACUCUACCUAAUGAGCUGAGAGUGGUGAACGUUCCUGUCAUUAAAUAUCAAAUCUGUAAGGAAAAAUGGCCUAAACUUCCUGACAACGUUAUCUGUGCAGGUGGCUAUGGAACAAAUAAAGGAUUCUGUCAGGGAGAUUCCGGUGGUCCUCUGGUCUGCAACGGGUUCGCAGUUGGUGUUGUUUCUUUCAACAAAAAUUUCAACUGCAAAUACCCAGAUGUACCCAAUGUCUAUACGGACAUCUCAAAAUACCGUCAGUGGAUCGACAAGAUUCUCAGAGGUGUAAUUUAA